AUGGCUAAACUUGACCUUUGCUUGCUAUUACUCUUCUCAUUCCUUCUCAUGGUUGGCAUGGCCGCGAAGCCUACCGUUGCCACUGAUUCCAGUACCACAAACUUCAUAAAAACCUCAUGCAGAGCCACUAGCUAUCCUGCAUUAUGUGUUCAGUCUCUCUCGAGUUAUGCCAGUACAAUACAACAGAGCGAUCAACAAUUAACUCAAGCUUCCUUGUCAGUGAGCCUGACCAGGGCUCGAUUGGCUGCAGUGUUCCUCUCCAAGAUGACUAAAACUUCAGGUAUCAAGCCUAGGGAGUACCAAGCUGUGAAAGACUGCAUCGCCAACAUAGGUGAUGCCAUAUAUGAGCUCAAUAGAUCGGUUCAGGAGCUAGGCCACAUGGGUAAAGCUGGGGCUCAGGACUUCUCAUGGCACAUGAGCAAUGUGCAGACAUGGGUCAGUACCGCGCUCACCAAAGAGAACACUUGUGUUGAUGGAUUUUCUGUCCAAGGCAUGGAUGGAAACUUGAAGGUUGCUAUUAAGAAUAGGGUCACCAAUGUUGCACAACUCACUAGUAAUGCACUUGCACUGGCUAGCCGCUAUGCAGCAAGACACAAAGCUGCUUCAACCACCAACGUUCCUUAAUUAGAUGUAGUCUUAAAAGUGUUUCAUCCUGCAGGUCUGUAGGAAAAUAUGUUAAUUGAUAGCCAAAGAUGUUUGCAAUAGGCACCAGGUUUUUUUUUUUUUUUUUUUUAAACUUUUUUUUAUCUGGUGUCUAGUUUCUGUUCGUGUUGCGCAUGCAUAGCAUCUGGUUUAUGCUUGAAUGGUCUCUCUGAGGGCACAAAAAGCUUGUUUAUGUAUAAAUGUUACUCAACAGCUUUAAGUUGGAGUAGUUUUUUAUACUAAGUUUUUGUUUAUUACA